GGGCGUCGGGGCCGGACGCGCGCGGGGUCAGCGUGAGCGGCGGCGCCUGGCGGCGGGCGGCGAGGGGCGGUCGCGGGCGGCCGGACCAUGCUCUGUGCGGGCAGGCUCGGCGCAGUGCUGCGGGGGACGCGCGCGCCGCCGUCGUCGUCGUCGUCCACGGUCGCCCGUCGGUGCCUGCGCGUGUCGGCGUCGCGGCCGGCGGCCGACAAGAGCGAGAGGCCCGGAGAGCCGCCCCACGCCUUCGACCCGGCGCUGCUGGAGUUCCUGGUGUGCCCGCUCUCCAAGAAGCCGCUCCGAUAUGAAGCAUCGACAAAUGAAUUGAUUAAUGACGAGUUGGGAAUAGCCUAUCCAAUUAUUGAUGGGAUCCCUAAUAUGAUACCACAGGCAGCUAGGAUGAUGGCACAUCAAAAUAAGAAGCAAGAAGAUACGGAGCAGCACUAG